AUCACAUCGUCAUUAAUUUCCCUGCCCUUUUGUCUCUCCAAAAUUCUCGCCGAGGUUUUCUUGAACUGCCGUCGCGUCUUGAGUAAUCCCUGUAUCCAAACACCGGCUUUCGAGUUGCAAGAAGAAUGAGCUUUCAGGAUCUGGAGGCGGGCCGGUCCGUGGGCUCAUUGAGGAGAGAUUUGGCGAACGGAAUUGCGAAGCAAGACUCCACGCAGGCCGUCGCUUCUGGAAUUUUCCAGAUCAACACCGCCGUUUCGACGUUUCAACGACUUGUUAAUACGCUUGGGACCCCCAAGGAUACGCCGGAGCUCCGUGAGAAGCUACACAAGACAAGGCUACAUAUUGGACAGUUGGUAAAGGACACUUCAGCUAAACUAAAACAAGCUAGUGAAUCAGAUCAUCGUGUUGAAGUUAGUGCCAGCAAGAAAAUUGCUGAUGCUAAACUUGCAAAAGAUUUUCAAGCUGUUUUAAAAGAGUUUCAGAAGGCCCAACGGCUUGCAGCUGAAAGGGAAACAGCUUACACUCCUUUUGUUCCCCAUGCAGCUCUUCCUUCCAGCUACACAGCCCAGGAACUAGAUAUAAGUUCAGAUAAGAGUGCAGAACAGCGUGCUGUUCUUGUGGAAUCUAGAAGACAGGAGGUUUUGCUAUUAGACAAUGAGAUUGCCUUCAAUGAGGCUGUCAUUGAGGAGAGAGAUCAAGGAAUUCAUGAAAUCCAGCAGCAAAUUGGUGAAGUGAAUGAGAUCUUUAAAGAUCUUGCUGUGCUGGUCCACGAGCAAGGAACUAUGAUUGAUGAUAUUGGGACCCAUAUUGAAAAUUCCCAUGCGGCAACUGCACAGGGAAAAUCACAUCUCGUGAAAGCAGCAAAGACCCAAAGAUCGAAUUCCUCUCUGGCGUGCUUGCUCUUAGUGAUAUUCGGGAUUGUGCUCCUCAUUUUGAUCGUAGUACUUGCAGCUUGAUGAGAAGAUUAUCUGAAAAAUGUGAGUGGAACGAGUGUUUAAGAUGUGGUUGGCAAAAAGAGGGUAAUCUGAUCUCUCAUACUAAUCUGUUUUGAUAUUGUCGUUUCACUGAAACAUCGUCUUCGUCGUGGAGGAGAGCGUGACAGUUGUUGACUGAGUUAGUACAUAAUAUGCGACAUUCAGUUGCAUGGGUUGGGGGUGUCUGUUGUUUGUUGUAAGUUGCUAAAGGGUGUGUUAUGUGUUAUGUGUUUUUUUUUUAUUUUUUGCUUUUUUAAAUUAUAAAUAAUAAAAUAUCAUUAAUUCUUUGGGGUUUCUUAUAAA